AUGUCCGAUAAGAAGCAAAACUCCCCCCUCCCUCACAUACUCGCCAUUCUCCUCACGCUCACCUCCACCGUCUUCCUCUUUCUCGUAGUGCUCUACAAUGUCCCACUUUCCUCUUCCGACAGAUCCAACUUGUCUGGACGAAUGUGGCUUUUGACCGUCAAACCGGCGACCUCAUCAACCUUCUCCAGCAGUAAAGGUGGAGAUUCAUACGGAUUCGGAAUAUGGGGUUGGUGUUCGUGGUCGGACGUGGGUGAUGGUGAUUGCACAAAUGACAGUUUCUGGAAGAUUACCUCGUCCACCGAAGACGUCGGAAGCUUGGGCUUACCCCAAUCCAUCGCCCAAUCAAUGUCAACCGCCGCAUUUCUGUUGACUUUCAACUUGGUAACCGGUAUUUUCCUCUUGUGUGACCUUCUCUACACCAUACAUUUCCACUCUCACGCCCAACCCCGCAUCAUCGCCCCCCUCAAGCUCCUCCCUCCCAAAAAGAUCAAGAUGCGGACUUGGCACGCGCAGCUUCUCAGGAACUUGUGGGCCUGUUGUCUAGCCGUCGUGUCUCUCUUGGCCUGGAGUCUACCUGUGAUCGUAAUAGUCGGAGUCGGGGCGGGUGAUGUUGAUGGAAGUUGGAGGGGCAAGAUUGGUCUCGGCUGGAUUUUGUGA